CGGAUUGUACCGUAUAGGUACGAAAUUUAUCCUAUACACACGUGUUGCUUCCUUUUCCGGUCGCCAUUUUCAAGCGAGAGCCAGGUCGAAUCAUUUAUCCAAUACCAUGCAGAACGAAACUGGUGAAUUUGUGGACAUGUACGUCCCAAGAAAAUGCUCUGCAAGCAACAGAAUCAUUGCAGCUAAGGACCAUGCCUCUAUCCAGGUCAACUUUGCCGAUGUUGAUGAGACAACUGGUAGAAUGACCGGUACAUACAAGACAUACGCUAUAUGUGGAGCCAUCAGAAGAAUGGGAGAGUCUGAUGACUGCCUUAUCAGAUUAGCUAAAAGGGAUGGAAUUAUAGCAAAGAACUUCUAAACAUGAAGAAUGGCUGUUCUUAUGCUUUGUACAGAAGAAAAAAAAUAAACUGAAAAAAAACC